GCGGAAGGUGCGGAUGGUACGGGCCGUGGUGUCGAAGGCUGCUGGCCGCUCGGCGCCUUCAGACAAAGCUCAGCUAACAGCUAAUAAGCUAGCAUGCUAAGAGACUAGCGGCACGGAGCGGGAACAUCCGCAAAGAUUCGAGUUCUGACCCAAAAGGCCCGGUGACAAAGACUCUCUUAACCCAUAAAAAGUCCACGUGGUUGUUAACAUACACAGUCCUAGUCCGUCCACCGCCCCAUGGGUCUGCCUACAGCUCUCCGGUCGUGUGAUGGGACUCAGUGUCUCUGGGGCGUCCUCUGAGCUGAAGCUCCUCAACUGAACACACAUCUGAGCGCCUCGCACACACACACACACACCUGUGAGCCGCGUUUUCUCACCUCCAGGCCAGACGCUGCUGUCCCAAGGUGCAUUGCUGCAUCGUCCACCAUGUCGGACGCCCCCGAGGCUGCGCCUGCCAGCCCCCCCCCCAUCACCAACCCACCUCCACCUGAGGUGUCCAACCCCAACAAGCCUGGCAGGAAGACCAACCAGCUCCAGUACAUGCAGAACGUUGUGGUAAAGACUCUGUGGAAGCAUCAGUUCGCCUGGCCUUUCUACCAGCCAGUGGACGCCAUCAAGCUGUGUCUCUGGGACUACCACAAGGUGAUCAAGAACCCCAUGGACAUGGGAACCAUCAAGAAGCGUCUGGAGAACAACUACUACUGGAGUGCCAGCGAGGCCAUGCAGGACUUCAACACCAUGUUCACCAACUGCUACAUCUACAAUAAGCCCACAGACGACAUCGUCCUGAUGGCUCAGGCCCUGGAGAAGAUCUUCCUGCAGAAAGUGGCUCAGAUGCCCCAGGAGGAGGUCGCCCUGCUUCCGCCGGCGCCCAAAGUGAAGAACAAGAGCAAGCAGCCGCCGGCCACCACAGUGAGUCAGCAGGCCGAGUCCUCCGCCUCCCCGCCUCCCUCGUACCCGUCCCCCUCCCCCACCCAGACUCCUGUCAUCUCGACCACGCCCACACCUGUACCCGCCACGCAGCCCCCGGCGGCCAUGAUGCCCUCUGCACAACCAGUCGUCAAGCAGAAGAAGGGCGUGAAGAGGAAAGCGGACACCACAACCCCGACCACAUCGGCCAUCUCCGCCGGCCGCGCCGACUCCCCGUCCGCCCAGGACGCCAAGCCGGCCAAGCUGGCCUCCUCCCGCCGAGAGGCCGCCGCCCGGCCCGCCAAGACCCGCCGCGAGACGGUGGAGGAGGCGGCGGGGGGCGAGGCGGCGCUGGGCGGGGCGGGGGCCGGUGCCAGGAAGGGCGGCAAGCUGGGGGAGCAGAUGAAGCACUGCGACGCCAUCUUGAAGGAGAUGCUGUCCAAGAAGCACGCCGCCUACGCCUGGCCCUUCUACAAGCCGGUGGACGCCGAGGCGCUGGAGCUGCACGACUAUCAUGACAUCAUCAAGCACCCCAUGGACCUCAGCACCGUCCGGAAAAAAAUGGACAAAGGAGAAUACAGCGACCCACAGAGCUUUGCCACGGACGUCAGGUUAAUGUUCUCCAACUGCUACAAGUACAACCCCCCCGACCACGAGGUGGUGGCCAUGGCCCGCAAGCUGCAGGACGUGUUCGAGAUGCGCUUUGCUAAGAUCCCAGACGAGGGCCUGGAGGUGUCGGUCCCGUCCACCACGCCGGUGGUCAGUAAAAGCACCGCCUCCUCCGACAGCAGCAACAACUCCUCCUCCGACGAAUCGUCGGACUCCGAGGAGGAGCGAGCCACCCGACUGGCCGAGCUACAGGAGCAGGUUGGUGCUGCCGACCAAUCACAGCUGAAGGCCGUGCACGAGCAGCUGGCCGUGCUGUCGCAGGCGCCUGUCAGCAAGCCAAAGAAGAAGAAAGAGAAGAAGGACAAAGAGAAGAAGAAGGACAAGGACAAAGGGAACAAAGCCAAGAUAGAAGAAGAGAAGAAACCCAAGGCUGCCGCUCAGCAACCCAAGCCAGCCAAUCAGAAGAAAGCACCAGCCAGGAAAGCCAACAGCACGGUACCGCCCACCAGGCAACCGAAGAAAGCCAACAAGACGUCAGGCGGCGGAUCGGCCAACGGCGACGACGGCGAGGAGUCGUCCCUGCCGAUGUCGUACGACGAGAAGCGGCAGCUGAGCCUGGACAUCAACCGGCUGCCGGGGGAGAAGCUGGGCCGGGUCGUCCACAUCAUCCAGUCCAGGGAGCCGUCGCUGAGGGACUCGAACCCCGACGAGAUCGAGAUCGACUUCGAGACGCUCAAACCCUCCACGCUGCGCGAGCUGGAGCGCUACGUCAAGUCCUGCCUGCAGAAGAAGCAGAGGAAGCUGCUGCAAAAGGCAGCUGGGGGCGGAGCCUCUGGGGGCGGGGCCAGCCGCCUGAGUGGCAGCUCCUCUUCCUCGUCUGACGACAGCUCCUCGACGGGCUCCUCCUCUUCCUCCGACACAGACUGAGAACACGGUUCAGUUCACACAGACAGGACUGCUCUCACACACACACACACACACACACACACACACACACACGGAGACUGUAUGUAAAUAGGCCGACAUGUUUUUUAGCUCCUAGUGUUCCUGUUUUCGUUGGAGAAACACGGACAGGCCGAGGAAGAGGAGGACGAAGAGUGGAGGACACCUGGGCAUCAUCUUCCUCCUCCUCUUCCUCCAGGGUGGCCGGCAGUGACCCCUGACCUCAGAACACAUUCCAGAGUCAUCCGUCAAGCAUCAUGGGAGAUAUGGAUGGGAAGGGGGUGGGGCUACCAGAGGAAGAAGAGCAGCGAUCUGAUUGGCUGGGCAGCGGCCGGGCCAGCAGAACCCCAUGGUUCUGAAGGACUGUUGGUGCAGCAGCGGUUCUGGGCGCGGCCAGCAGGCGGCGCCGCAGGAGAAGCUCGUCUCUCUCCAACCCUUCUGGUCCUCGGGCUCCACGGUUCUCCUGAACAGAACCAGAUCCAGUUGGUUCUCUGCCGGGCCUCUCACCAGAACCCUGUGGGUCCGGGCGCCGCCGUCGCCACGGUAACCCAACGAGGCAGAUUCCUAACACUACAUUUCCUUUUUUCUUCUGUUUGGGUUUUCCGGUCGUGUUCUGACCCGUUUGUGUCUUCUAAAGUUCUCAGUAUAUGAUGUUUUUGCCGCUGUCCGGUCCGAACUCUGAACCCUCUCCGUCCGGGUCCAGAACCGCAGGAGGCCCGGUCCCUGCCCCAGAGACUAAAGGUUCUGAUCCGACCCGAGGAGCUUCUCAAUGUUUUUUAAGGAUCAGACGGGAGGCGGUACCACCAGUUCCACCAGAAUCGGGCCUCAGCGGUCGGUUCUGGUUCUGGCGUCGGUGGCUCAUGAACCGGACUCUGGGUCGGCGCCAGGUCACAGGAAGGAGAACGGCGCCUUCUGCUGCACAUGUGACGGAACUGAUCAUGUAGAGUAACAGCCAAUCAGGAAGGAGAUGGGCGGGAGUUUCUGUGGGCCCUGAGUCUCUGAUUGGCUGAGCCCUGCAGCGCCCUCUGCAGCCCGUCUGUGUACAGUUCAGUUGGAUUUUUAUUGUUUUUAUUUUUUAAAAUAUUGAACCAAAGUUCGCAGCCUUCCUUGGCAGUGUGGUCGUCAUGGAGACGGAUCAGCAGCGGCGCCCCCAGCGGACAGCCCGUUGCCACAGUAACCCUUCCCCCCCCCUUUGUUUUUAGUUGAUGGUGGAGCUUUGAUGCUGAUAGUUAAUUUUUGUAUUUUAUAAGAAAAAGGAAGAAAAAAGUGAUUUUAUGUAUCUGCAUGCACUCCGGCCGUACGUUACUUCUGUAUGUUUGAGCACUGUAUAGUAGCUGUAAGUAGCUGUGUGAUAGACGGAGACCAGAACCGGGUCGGAGGAGAACCCAGCGCAGAGGAGGAACCGACUAAAACCAUCAAGUGGAUUAAUAAUUGAUGUAAUUACUCAAACAGGAUCCUUAUUUUCUGACUUCAUUUGUUUUCAUAAAUAAACACAUAAACUGAC